UGUGUGUGUGUGUGUGUGUGUGUUAAUGUGUGUGUUAAUGUGUGCGUCUGUUGUUAGCCAGAGGUCCAGUGUUUUCCUCCGGACACGACCUGAAGGAGCUGACGUCCGCUCAGGGCAGAGAAUAUCACACCAAGGUGUUUCACACCUGUGCAGAGGUGAUGACUCUGAUUCAAGACAUACCGGUUCCGGUGAUCGCCAUGGUGGACGGUGUCGCCACUGCGGCCGGUUGCCAGCUUGUCGCCAGCUGUGAUGUCGCCGUCGCGACGGAAAAGUCCACUUUCGCCACCCCGGGGGUCAACGUGGGCCUCUUCUGCUCGACGCCGGCGGUGGCCAUCGGCAGAUCUGUGCCGCGGAAGGUUGCGAUGGAGAUGCUGUUGACGGGAGCUCCCAUCUCAGCCCACGAUGCUUUGCUGCACGGUCUGAUCAGUAAAGUUGUGCCAGAGGAGCGCCUGGAGGAGGAGACGUUCGCCAUCGCCCAGCGGGUGUGUCAGGCUAGCCGGCCUGUGGUGGCGCUCGGCAAGGCCACUUUCCAGAGACAAAUGGCUCAAGGCCGAGACGCAGCGUACGCCACCGCCUCCAGGGUGAUGGUUGACAACCUGGCUCUAAGAGACGGACAAGAGGGGAUCCGGGCCUUCAUCGAGAAACGCAAGCCGGUGUGGAGCAAUAAAGCAGAAAAAGCUCAUGACUGACGGACUGCUGACUUCAUCACAGGAGAUAGUGAUUAUCCUGACUGGUACAUGUGGUUUAUUUGUCCCUGGUGUGGAAUAAUUAGCACCAGUCCCAAGUCAAUGCAUGGGCUACUUUUAAAACGUAGCUGUGUAAUUUGCAAGAUCCCAAUGAUUGAAGUUUGAACUGUUGGCUUCCUCCUUUUCACUGAGACUAAAGACAAGUAGCGGAACCAUUGUGUGCCUUGAAAGCUGCUGAUGAGAAGAUGUUUGAUGACUUAACGGACUCACAAAGCUAAAGAAUGGUCUUUGUAUUUGUAUUAUUGUAAAUGCAAUAAAUAGGGUGACACAUUG